AUGAUCAUGCACCGCUGUCUCAAUGGCGGUCAUACAAUUUGCGAAGGUGCCAAAGUGAAGCUCGCCCCAGACUAUGUACUCAAAGCAGAAUCCCUUCUGAAAGAUCGUCUGAAUCAAGGGAAGAACAACACCACUAUAUGGAAGGACGAGAAGGGAGAGGUCGUUGCCAUUGAGAUGAAACUCCAGCGUGAUGAGAAUGGCGUCUUACAAGGGCUUCCAAGGCUUGUCAUCCAGGCUAGGAUUGAAGAGAAGCUGUAUGAUCUGCUGGUCACUUCUUGGUGUGCACAUGUCUGUCAAACGAAUUGCGUCGACCAUGCCAAAUAA